UCAGAACUGAAAGAUUUAUUCAAUUAUUAUGAAUGCUAUCAUAGCACUUUGUCACUUCUGUGAAGGACAUGGCCCACAGGUUAUGUUCUGUACACAACCUACACAUCCAAAGGAGCAAGCAGAAUUAUCACACGAGGAGGCUGCAGCGUUAUUAUCCAAUCGAGUGAGAUCACCAUCUGGGGAUUCACCAGUAUCAUCAAAGUCUGAACAUACAUGUGAGGGUUGUUAUUCAGUUAAAACUGGAUUUGUUAGCCAUGAUAAUGAUGCUCCUAUCAGUUAUAUAAGCAGUAAAUACCCUAACCCUACACAGCCAGAGAUUUACAGCCUCGUGAGAAAUGCAUGCUUGAGGAGUCUUAGUGGUGAGGUUUGUCCUGGUAAUGAAGGAGCUAUUUUCUUCGGCAAUGAUCAACAAGGACAUGUACUAAGCUAUACUUUUCAGUUGAAGGACAAUCUUGCUCGUGGUUUCCAACGGAAAUAUAGUAUUAUUGUAAUGAUGAUGGAUAAAAUUUAUUUACUGAAUUCCUGGCCAUUUCUUGUUCCACAUUUAAAACUUUUGAUAGAAAAUUUACAAGAAAAAGCAGGAAAAGUGUAUGAAUCAGAACAAUCGAAAUGUCCACAACGUGCGGUUCGUUUAAAGUCAAGCAUGGCAGGAAAUUUCCUCCAGCAAAGGGGAGGUAAUAACCCAGCUAGAUCAAUAACAGAACUGACUAAAGAUAAAAAUAUUUUUAAAAUUUUACAUGUGGCAUUUGUUUGGAUAUUAAAAGCAUGCAGUAACAGAAUUACAGAGACAUUGCUUGAAGGACCACCAACUGAAGAUUCUAUCAUUGACAUGGAGAAGCAAGAAGAGACAGAAGAGGGUUUCAUAAAAUUAUUUACCAAGCCAGCUAAUGAAGUUAGUGAUGGGGAGACAACUCCGUCAGCAGAGGACAAGGAGAUUGCUGAUAUAGACACUCCACCAUCUGAUCUAGAUAAUAUACAUAACUUAAGACUAUUGCUAAAGGUUCUAGGUGAAGGUAACUUUCAUCUUCUAACCCACCAUGUUGUCAUUGGCAACCAAGUUAUCAUACGUGGUUCAUACAAAGAAACCAUCAAGUCGAUUCUUCACGCUUUAAUGAUGCUAGUACCUAAGGGUUGCUGUCGACCAAUUCUUCACAGUACUGAUUACCAGGAGUCAUUCAGAUGUAAUUUCCUUGGCCUAACAGCUGAUAGUUCUCUACCUAGUCACAUCUUGUCCUCUGAAAUGUUUGUGCUAUUGGUAGAAAUGCACUUGCAAGAUGAAAAUGACAAACCUUUAAAUGACAAUGAUUUUGAUAAAUUUGAAUACAGCAUGGCUAGUCCUACAAGAUUAUUGGAGAAAGCACCGACUGUCUUACAAAAAAUAGAACAUGCUCUUAAGAACGAAAGAUUCUCUAAUGGAGUGAUGGAGCAAUGUUUGAUCUGUCUCAAAGAAGAAUGGAUGAACAAAGUGAAAGUUUUAUACAAAUUCACGAAGGCAGGAGGGAGUAUCUCAGAAGUUGACACACAGAAUUUGUUACAUGUGGUGGAAGCAAAAGCAGAAGAUAAGCCGUUACUCCAAUUCUGGACGUCAGGACUUAGUGUAUCAUACAGGAAUCACAUCCUCACUACAUCUAAAGCUCAACACUAACAUCAUACUUCUCUGUUAAUACAUUUUUGAUGAUGUUUUGUGGUAGCAAUGGUAACCGUGUUUUAUAUCUCUCUGUGGCCUUGUGGUAGUGUGUGUUCACCUCUUCUUCCUUAUAGGAGUAGACUCCUAGGUUGGAGUGUAAAACUUCACAAAAGUGCUGAGGGUCAUGGGUUUGAACCCUGCUUGGGUCAAAGACAAACAAUAGACAUUGAAAUAAUAUACGUAUUUGCUGCUUAUCUAAUAAGCAUACAGCUUUAUGAAGUAAGAAUAAGGACUGGUGGGCUCAGAGUCAAAAUAAUGAGUCUGUGUGUGUGAUGGGUGAAAUGUCUCCCUGUAAACUGUUACCUUGUGAACUAUCUUGGUGUGUACUGUAGGUUUAGUUCAGAGCAAGGUUAAUAUUCAUAUAACAUUUACACAUUCUCAUUCUGAAUAUGCAUUUAAUUUGCUAGUUGCUGAUAAACAUCCAUCCAUUAUCAUCAUACUUUACUAACAUUAAAGAAAUUGUCAGCUGAUGUUAAAAACAGACAUUUUUGGCACAAUAUUUAUCAAAAUAUUAAUAUAUAAAACAGCAGCAGAAAGUCAAUGAUACUCCUCACUAAAACAAAGAUUUAACCAGUUUAUAUUAUUGUUAGUUUAUAUAUUUUGUGCAAUAUAGAUUGUUGUAAAUAAAUGUUAUGAAUUUU